UCGAUGAGUAGGGAAGGCCAGUAGAAGUAGCGGGAGAUGGUGUCGAAGGUCUUCUGGAAACCGAGAUGUCCUGCGGUCUUGGCAUCGUGGUGCUCGGCCAAGAGCUGAGUACGGAGGCCUCGUGCGUCGGGGAUGCAAAGUCGGCGAGUGCCUUUGGUAAUGAUGUAGAGGAGAUUGUUGUGAAGGGAGUAGAUGAAGAAGACGAUGGUAUUGUCAGUGCGGAUAGUGAAGUAUUGCCCGUCGAGGUACGGGCGCCAGACUGUGAAGGCGUGAAUCACGGCGAGGAGUUCCUUCUCGUUGGAGGGGUAAUUCAUCUCCGCGGGAAGGAGUUUCUAGCUUGCGAAGGCGAUAGGGUAUUCGCCAGGUGGAGCCUCGGGGUGAGUGGGCGAGUCCUUGAUGGAGGGGGUCUCGGCGGUGUCGCGAAGGAAAUGUUGGGACAGUACGGCUCCGAUGGCGAAGGAGGCGUCAGUAUUGACAUAGAAAUGGCGAGUGGGGUCGGCGAUCUUGAGGACAGGGGCCGUGGUGAUGGUUUGCUUGAGCUCGUCCUUGCGGCCGAGUUCGUGGAGAGGGUAAUAGAUCUCAAAAAAGUUGCGAAUGAACGGGCGGUAAUAGUUGGCAAGGCCAAGGAAGGAACGGAGUUGGAGGAGGGUCUUGGGUGGGGGGUACUCGACGAGGGCUGUGACCUUCGAGGGGUCCAUACGGAUGCCUUCAGCGGAGACAAUAUGGCCGAGGUAUUAGUGCUCUCGGAGGAUCGCGAGGACUUGGCGGAGGUACUGAAGGUGGGACUCGAAGGUGGGGCUGAAGACAAGGAUGUCAUCAAGGUAGACAACGACACAGACUUCGAGGAGGUUGCGGAAGAUGUGGUUCAUGGUGGAUUGGAAGGUCGCAGGGGCAUUGUUGAGUCCGAAUGGCAUCACGAGGAACUCGUAGUGCCCGAACCGAGAGCGGAAGGCGGUCUUGUGGGUGUCCUCCUCGCGGAUACGGAUCUGGUGGAAGCCACUACGAAGGUCGAUCUUGGUAAAGUACUUGGUUCCACGAAGAUGAUCAAGGAGCUCGGAAAUCCGAGUGAUGGAGGUGGUGUCUUCGGGGGUGAUGUGGUGGAAAAAGCGGGUGAGGGAGGUGCCGAGGGGGGCCUGGUGGUGGGGGUGGAGGAGUCGAUCGUGGUGGAGCAUGCGAGAGAGGAGGUCAGCAAGGGGCAUGUCGGGUUCGUGGGCGAGGGCGGUUGCAAGGUCKKUGUGGCAUACUCGUUUGAUGCGGGAGAUGAACGCACAGUCGGGAAUGACGGUGUGGGGGAGGUGGUGUCGGAGGGAGCGGACGUAUUGGACGAAGCGGUCCGUGAGACCGGUCUGGCGGAGGUGGCAGAAUUGUUCAAGGUAGUCGUCAAUGGUUUUCUGGGGGCGGAAGGUGGCAGUGAGGAGGGUGGCCCAUUGGAGGAAGKURRGGCGUGGUCCUCYGGAGGCUCGGBGGUUGCURGCUUSAGCCAUCCACCAUUUSGCUGCAUUGCCGAGGAGGCGGGAGGUGGCAAUGGGGAGCCAGUGGGCAAGGGGCAUGUGGUGGAGCUGAAAAGAGUUUUGAAGCUGGGAGGUGGAGGGAACGGAACGAUGGUGGGGAUUGAAGGGUUGGUGGAUAUGGCGGUAGAGGUGGUAGGAGUGGAGGAGGUCGGCGGGGGGGUGUUGCUAGAGGCGGCKGUGGAGGUUGGAGUGGUUUGCACUGUGGAGGKKGGAGUAGUUUGCACUGUGGGGGUUGGAGUGGUUUGCGUGGUGGUGACGACCGUGAUGGGAGGGGUGGUCCCUUCGAGCGUGGUGACGCGGUCGCAUAAGGAUGACACGUUGGCCUUUAUGUCGUCGAGAGAGGCGGUGACGGAGUUGAGUGCGUGGAGGAUGGCAGAGAGGUCGGGGGUGGCGGUGUUUGCUGGUGGUUGUUCGCCGACGAGGUUGCGGGCGAUGCUAUCGACUAAGUCGGUGCGGAUGUCAGACAUGUUGAUGGAGGAUGCGGCCAUGUCGGGGGAAGAGGGGGUGGAGGACGUGGCAUGAACGGGGGUGGAAGAUGCAGCAGCAGCGGUGGCGGCGGCGACAGCACGUUGGGAGUUCUUGGUUUGACGUGGUGGCAUCUGGAGGGUGGGGGGGGGGAAUCCCUUAUUUAUUCAAAAAUAAAGAUAAUUGCCAAUAUUUUUCAAAAAAUAAUCAUAAUAAAAUAAAUAAAUAGAAUAAAUUUUGAUUUAAAUU